UCCAAAUUCCAAACCCCUAAUUUUUUUCUUAGUUUUUUUUCCCAGUACUUUGAACUGAGAAUUCACCAAAAAUUACGUUUGGAUUUGAUUGCUUUUUCGCAUUUCUCGCCAGUGAUUUUGACAUUCAGAGAAAACAAUUUUGGUGCAUUGCAAGAGGACACAUAGGUGACAUUUUCCAGAAGAGGCAUGGUCCAAGGAGAUGAGAAGGUUGGUGAUAUGCUCAUGAAGUCGGAGAAGAAAUCCAAGAAAAGGAAAAAGAAUGCUGCCACCAAUGAUUUGGAAGUGACUAAGGUCGAUGUUAAAGCUGUUGAGCACGAUUUAUGUUUCAAGGAAGAAAAGCUCUCGAUCAGGAAAGAAAGGGAUAAGGCAAAGAUGGAAAGUAUAGCACAUGGAGAAGGUGAAGAUAGUGACAUCAAGAGAAAGAAAGAAAGAGUUGGUGGAAAACAGCAUGGGAAAUCCGGUAAAGAUGGGUGCGAGGACGCUGUUAAAAAUGUUUUAAAAAAGAAAAAGAAGUUGAAGAAUGAGCAAAAGACACUAAUAAUGGACAAUGCUAGUUUAGACACCAAAACAAUUGCUCAUGAAAGUGCGAGCGAAACACAGGAAACCAAUGCAGUUGAGACGUUCAGCGAGGGCUCUGGUGGAAAUCUUACAGAUGAUGUGAAGAGGAAGAAGAAGAAAAAGGAUAAGAGGGAAAGAGAGGAUGAACAGGUAGAUAUCGUGGCUGGUGUCAUUCAAGGUGAUGUUUCAGCUGACGAGGUGAAGAGGAAGAAAAGGAAAAAGGAUAAGAAGAAAAGAGAGGAUAGACAGGUAGAUAGCGUGGCUGGCGUCAUUCAAGGUGAUGUUUCAGCUGACGAGGUGAAGAGGAAGAAAAGGAAAAAGGAUAAGAAGAAAAGAGAGGAUAAACAGGUAGAUAUCGUGGCUGGCGUCAUUCAAGGUGAUGCUUCAGCUAUAAAUGAGAUGAAGAGGAAGAAAGGGAAAAUGGAUAAGAAGAAAAGAGAGGAUGGACAGGUAGAUAUUGUGGCUGGCGUCAUUCAAGGUGAUGCUUCAGCUAUAGAUGAGAUGAAGAGGAAGAAAAGGAAAAAGGAUAAGAGGAAUAAAGAGGAUGGACAGGUAGAUAUCGUGGCUGGUGUCAUUCAAGGUGAUGUUUCAGCUAUAGAAGAGAUGGAAGAUAGGCAAAUAGAUGAUGCUAAUAUCAGAAAGAUGAAAAAGACAAAAUUAGGACUUAAUUCUGAAGAUCUUACAAGUGAAAAGACUGAAAAAAGAGUGAGAUUUUCUGAUCAUGUACAAUUUUUUAAUCCAAUCAGUGAUCCAAUCAAUGAGAAGUAUGAAGAUAACAAACAAAAAUUACUGUUUGGCAAAUAUUUCACACAGGAAGAAGAUGAAAUCGUCAAAGAUGCUGUUCGUAGAUACGUAGAGGUAAAUAAUUUGGGCGAUGAAGGGUUGCAAAAGGUUUUGAAUUGCAAAUCUUAUCCUGAAAUAAGCGGCUGCUGGAAAGAGAUAGGGAAGGCUAUAACAUACAGGCCUUACAGAGCAGUUUAUUUUCGUGCACAACGUUUGUUUCGAAUGGGGGAGAAGCGUAAAUGGACUGAAGAAGAGUAUGGGAUGCUACGGAAGUUCCAGGGAGAACAUGGGAACAACUGGACCGUCUUGGCCGAUGAACUUGGGAAACAUCAGACUCAUGUUGGAAAUGCGUGGCAUAGGAUAAAACUGGAAAAUCGGAAGAGAGGACAGUGGGAUCAGGAGGAAAUCCAGAAGUUCUUUGAUUUGGUAAACAUUGAUCUGCAAUUGAGGCUCUAUGAAGAAAAGAAAUCUAAGCAUGGGAUGUUACGGGAUAAUAUUUGCUGGAGUUCAAUUAGUGACAAUUUAUCUACCAGGAUUUCCGCACAUUGCUGCAAUAAAUGGUACAGACAAUUAACAUCCUCGAUGGUGGCUGCAGGUGAAUGGGCAGAUACUGAUGAUUAUCGCUUAAUUGAUGCCCUUUUUGAACUGGACGCAAGCUGCAUAGAGGACAUGGAUUGGGACAAUCUUCUCUCCCACAGGCAUGGAGAUUUAUGUCGAAAAAGAUGGAAAGAGAUGUUGCGUCAAAUAAGUCAACAUGAAAACAUGUCAUUUGCUGCACAAGUAGAAGUGUUAGCAAAGAGAUACCGCCCUGAUUUGGUUGGAGCAAGGGAGGCCUGGGAUAGUAAACCACUUGUUCCAUGAUAUGUUCAACACCCACAUGGACGUCUGUAGAGAGAGAUGCUUAAGGAACUAGUAUGCACUAUUGUCUACAAAUUAGCGCGUCACUUCUUUACUUUAUUUCUUCGUUGUUCUUGUAAUUGUUGAGAGGUUUAUAAAACAUCUACAGUGUUAGUCACUUGGUACAUAUGCUUGUAGGAGGUAUUAGGUACUCGUUAAAUAGUAGAGGUGCUUGUUGGCUUGGGCACCGACAUUAUAAAAAAUAAUAAUUAUGUUCGAAGAUGUUUUGAAAGAAAUCCUUUCUUGUCUGGUGGAAAGAAAAGGUAAAAAGCUUUCACAA